CCGUCCGAAAGGUCGUGAUAGCAGAGAUUUAUCAAGUUCCAGUGGUGAUCUUCAAAAUGAAGGAAAAAAUCACAUGGACAAGGCCAUUCAGAUGCGUGAGGGCCUUGAAAAUGAGGUUAACCAGAUGAAAGAUAAAAUUGCAGCAAAAGAACAGCACAUUGCAGACUUGCAGAAGAAAGCUCAGAAAUUAGAGGAUGAAUUGGUUGCUGCACGGAAAGUCUCUUCGGAACGACAAUUAGCUGUUACAGACUUGUACAAACAUUUUCUCCAACUUCAAGACUACAAUGACAGAGUCAAGACGGCUGAACAGAAGCUUCAGUCUCUUGUCGGCGCUGCAAUGGUUGAGCUUGACAUGGCUGAAGAUGCUACAACCAGGGAUGGUUCGAUGUACGAGAAUGGUGUGGUUUGAACAUCGUGCUGACUGUAUCGGUUACUAAUUUCUUAGACUUGUAGCUUGCAUUUGCCAUGUACUAGAACUGUAAUGUAAGGGUCGAGCAAUGUUUUAUGCAAGGAUCAGUGAACGAGUGGCUGCUCAUUUGCUGCUAUUUGUGGCCCAGACGUGUCUUUCAAGUCAGAUUUAUUAGCCGGCAAAGCUCAGCCCGUGAUAUCUGACAAUCGGUUCAGUUGUGCAAGCUUGACUUUUGAAAUGAUCCCACUCUAUGCCAACUGUAUCUUGGGCUGACUUUUAAGCUUUU